UGUACAUAUAGGGGCCUAUGCAUUGUGUUACAUGUGCUCUUAAUAAUGCAACCAGUAGCCAGAGUGGGUCAUAUACAGCGCACGCCAGUGGAAUACACCCUCCAGGUCAGCAGAUAAUCCUUCAAGUUGCGUGUUUGCGGUCGCUGGUUAUCUCCGGUGUUCCCCACUGAGGAGACGGCCGACACUGCAAAGGAAGUACAUUGUACAACUUACACAAAAUGGCUGCUGAAGGGGACUACUUGAUCGUGCCGAGGGAAGAGGUGACCGCGUUCGCCGUCCGGUGCCUGACCGCCGUGGGUUCAAGACAAGAAUAUGCCGACACUACGGCGGAUCUCCUUACUGCUGCCGACUACCGCGGUCAUUUUAGUCAUGGAUUAAACAGAUUAGAAAUGUAUGUAGAUGAUAUUAUCUGCGGUACAACGGACAAGGACGCUGUUCCAACCAUUGAGAACGAGACCGCUGCAACCGCCUGGGUUAACGGCAACAACGCCCCCGGCCCGCCUGUCGCCAAAUUCUGCAUGGACCUUGCUAUACGGAAGGCCAAAGAGGCAGGGAUUGCAAUGGUCGCCGUAAAAGAAUCAAACCAUUUUGGAAUUGCCGGUUGGUACAGCAUGCGGGCUUGUGAACAGGGGUUAAUAGGAUUGGCCUUCACAAAUUCCUCACCUGCCAUUGUCCCAACCCGUGCAAAGAAGCCAACGUUCGGCACCAAUCCAAUUUCAAUGGCGGCUCCUGCUGAAAAUGGCGACAGUUUUGUUCUGGACAUGGCAACGUCCACGGUUGCUAUGGGAAAGGUUGAGAUAGCAGAGAGACGAGGACAUAAGAUACCAGACGGAUGGGGCGUUGACAAAGAGGGCAAGGUCACCAACGACCCCACUGCGGUGAUAAAGCCAGGUGGAUUGUUGCCUUUGGGUGGCGCAGAAGAAACGAGUGGAUACAAGGGCUACGGUCUGGCAUUAAUGGUAGAGGUGCUGUGUGGGAUAACUUCGGGGGCCUACUACGGACCAAACAUUAGGAAAUGGCAGUCGCAAGGUGCGCAGGCAAAUUUGGGCCAGUGUUUCAUAGCCAUUGACCCGAAUGUGUUCGCUCCUGGGUUCAGCGGUAGAAUGAGCGAUAUUAUGAGCAUCUGUCGGCAGUUGCAGCCAGUAAGUAAAUCUGCCACAGCACCAAUCAAGCAAUUCACGUACGUCACAUUUACACUUUACACAAGUAGAAAAAAUCGCAAUGGCCAGUGUUUCAUAGCCAUUGACCCGAAUGUGUUCGCUCCUGGGUUCAGCGGUAGAAUGAGCGAUAUUAUGAGCAUCUGUCGGCAGUUGCAGCCAGCAACAGAAGAUAAACCGGUUCUGGUAGCUGGAGAUCCUGAGAGGCUACACAUGGAGAAAUGUGAUGCUCAGGGCGGUAUUGAGUAUCAUCCUAAUCAAAUAGAAUUCCUGAAUACUGUGGCUGACAAAGUGAAGGUUGCUCAUAUAAAGCCUCUUCGUUAGGAAAGUGUGCCCACAGAUGAUGUAAUGUAUGAAAACAUGACCACGCCCAUAAUUGACUUCAAUAUUCAGAGACCACGCCUUAGCUCUUGUAUGUGUAUCGAACCGGUAUGUGGGCAACUUGCACCUACGGAUGAUGUAAUGUAUGAAAACAUGAUCACGCCCAUAAUUGACUUCAAUAUUCAGAGACCACGCCUUAGCUCUUAUAGAACCGGUAUGUGAGCAGCUUGCACCCACGGAUGAUGUAAUGUAUGAUAUGACCACUCCCAUAACAGACUUCAAUACUCAGAGACAGGGCUUAGCUCAUACAAAACUGGUAUACCAGGAACGUCUUCCCACGGAUGAUUAAGCUACAAAUGAAAAAAGGACACGCCCAUGACAGACGUCAAUAUUCAGAAACCACGCCCUAUGGCACUCAAAAACCUUCAUUUUUUGCUUAUCUGGAACAGUUUUAGUAAUACAUGUUAAAAUAAGAAGAAAUGUGAUACAAUACUUUUGUUAGUGAGGGGUAAAAUGAUUUUGUUGGGGUCACAUGUCUGAGAAAGCUACUUAUGUGUUCAUCAAAGGAUCAAUAUUAUAUACCAACUGAUGAAAUUGUUAUAAAUAAAAAUAUUACAAAUAAUAACAGAAAUUAAAACGAUG